AUGGGAAUUGUGAUCUCCAGCAUUUGUCGAUGCCUCAGCCUGGUGAAAUCCUGCCUGGCUGCCUGCUGGGCUCAGGCAGUGCUGACUUGGAGGAGAUGUACCAGGAGACUCUUCAUAGGCGACCAUGUGCCAGCCUUUGAGACAAUUCACUUUCUGCUGCACAAGGGCACCCCUGGGCACGAGGAGGUCUUGGAGGAGGUGGCAGAGGCAGCACUGCAGCCUGGGGACAUGGUGCUCUUCCCCCUGCACGAGUAUGGCUCCUGCAGCUCCCUCUUCACACACGCAGCUGUCUACCUUGGGGACGCAGAGGUCAUACACUUCCAGAACACUGAUGUCCGGAGUAACAUUGGUCAGAUCUGCAAGGAAGGCUUCCACGCCCUGACAGGGGCCAGGGGGAAAUGCCAGAUGUACCGGAAAAGAGGUGGGAUGGACCUCAUGGAAUUCCAUAGCAACGUCAGGAAGGCAAUGAACAGCAGAGGCAGCUAUCAGCCAGGCACCAACAACUGCAUCCACUUUGCUCUCUGGCUUCUGGGCUUGGAAGACUUCUACAUGGACCUGGUGGAAAUCCAACAUGAAGAUGGCAGAGGGAGGCCGCGUUUGUGCUCCAUGAAGUGAGGGACUGGCAACAGCCACAUCAGCCUGAGGAUGACCAGCCCUGAGCCACAGAGGAGCCUCAGCAUUGCCCCACGCACCCCAACGCCUCAGCCCAGGGAAGGACCUUUGCUGAGCAGGACCUGUUCCCUUCUGCUUGCUGCAGCUGCCUUGCCAUGCAUUCCUUAGGGGCUUCAGUACUGCUGCCUCCAUCCAAUAUCCCCAUUGCCCUCCCCCAACAUCUACAACGACAAUAAAGCAGAGAGCACAAGACAAUGCAGAAGGUACUGCCUGGAUGUCCUAGAGCAGACAACGUGUCCCCAUGCAGCUGUGCUGGGCUGACCUGGGGCUGCUGCCAGGAGCCCACCCAGGUGCCCCAUCCCUGCCCU